UUGACUUGCCUCGCUGCUCUUGUCCCGGAGUAUUGUGGUUCUCUUACAAAUUCCACUUGCAUUUGCACAUCAACGGAAAUCGCAGCAGCACUCACACCUUGCGCUAUCGCGGCAUGCAAUGUCACCGAAUCUCUCCAGCUUGAGCGAUACUCCGCGGAAAGUUGUGGUAUUGCCAAUGACAAGACUCGUUAUUACCAGCAAAUUCGUCUCUAUGCUGUCGUUGCACCAUUGACCACCAUCCUUGUAGCAGCCCGUAUCUUCGCCAGAUGCCGAAUUGACAUCGGACUCGGGCCUGAUGAUUGGAUGAUCGUGGCGGCACAAGCUGCAUAUCUGACAGACGUGGGUACCGGCUUGACAAUUGCUGUUCAAGGAUUCGGAGAACAUACUUUCUGGUUGACCAUUGCUGAGGUUUCGAAGGCACUAAAAUUUUUCUACAUUAGCGAACUCUUUUACCUCCUGGCGAUCACACUUACGAAACUAUCUCUCCUACUCUUCUUCCGCCGAAUAUUUCCCAGUUCGAACUUCCGCAUGAUGAUAUUGGCCAUGGGAGUAUUUGUGGUUGUGUCUAAUUUCUCGCUCGCAAUGGCGCUCUGCUUCCAAUGCAUACCAUUUUAUGGAAUCUGGACAAAUUGGAUAUAUAAAGUUGCUCCGGUUAAAUGCAUCAACGUCUUCGCUUGCGUUUACGUCGCAGCAGGAAUGAGCAUUUUCCAUGACUUGGUGAUCUUGACAAUGCCACUUUCAACACUUUGGGGUCUCAAUCUCCACUGGCAGAAAAAAGCUCAUUUGAUCUUCAUGUUCUCGGUCGGAUCCUUCGUCAUUGUGUGCAGCGCGCUGCCACCGGGCCUAACUUCCUCUCCAGAUGACCAAGCACCUAUAGCUGUUUGGACCGAUCUGGAAAUCAGUGUGGGAAUAAUUUGCGCUUGUCUUCCAGCCUGCAGAUCCCUGGUUGGAUAUGUGUUCCCCAACCUUAAAAUGUCCCUUGGCUCCUCAGGACCAAGCCAUACCACAUCUGCAUACCCCGCCAAAUCGGCCAACCAUGCUCGAUACGGGAGCAAAGGCCGUCCCCUGACAAACACCAGAAGCUUUAUAGAAUUGGACGAUCGAACGGAAAGCCAAGACACAUUAGAGGAGGGGAGGAAGAAAGGAGUGAGAGUCUGUGAGACGCCGGUUCAGGAUAAGCUAAACCCAGAUCGGAGGGAUGCGUUCGGGCAUCGGGCUUUGGUUGAAGUCGAGGCCGGUGGGAUGGGAGAACGACGGAUGAAGACCGGUAAUACGAUUGUUAUGACUACGACUGUGGAUCAGAGUGAGAGGCGACUGUAA